UACGGAGAGGCUUAGCAAUGUCGCCGUUACUUGGCGGCAACCGUGCUUGCCCGCGGCCGUUUCCCGAUCACUGGGUAGAAACCCCACGGCGGCGGGCUUCAUUUCGUCGACGGUGGUGCGCCAGCGAAUGUUUGACCUGCCGGAGCAACGUCGGUUAGGCCUAAACCCGGGCCGUGAUCGCUCGCGGGUGAAACUCCGUUAGGGUUAGCGAGUGCUUCCUGUCAAAAAAGUGUCUACGCGAGUGAGCGCUUGCUUCUUCCGUUGAGUGCGUGUGUUGUGGUGCAGCUUGUGCGGGGUGGCCAAGCAGCAGCAGUUGGUUCCCGUGCGCUGGGGAGUGCGUGUUGUGUGUGUGUGUUUGUCCUGCCAUGGUGGCGGUGUUGUCCGAUCGACGGCCCCGGAUCUAAACUUCGGCUCGACCGUGGCACCCCGCGAGAAACACAGCAUGGCGUACCGUCGCAAGACGGAUACAGGGAACAGUCAGAGCGGUGGAGGAAGUGCCGCAGAGGAGAAUCCCAACCAGAUCGUGUGUCGGAAGAUGGAGCACAUCGUGGAGCGCAUGCAGGAUGAACAGGCCGGCGUGCCCGUGCGUACGGUCAAGAGCUUCAUGUCUAAGAUACCGAGCGUGUUCACGGGUGCCGACCUCAUCACGUGGAUGAUGAAGAACCUGGACGUGGAGGAUCAGACGGAGGCUCUUCACCUGUCCCAUCUGAUGGCGUCGCACGGAUACUUCUUCCCUAUCGAUGACCACAUGCUCACUGUCAAGGCGGAUGGGACCUUCUACAGGUUCCAGACUCCUUACUUCUGGCCUUCAAACUGCUGGGAACCUGAGAAUACUGACUACGCUGUGUACCUGUGUAAACGAACAAUGCAGAACAAAACGCGACUGGAACUCGCGGACUACGAGGCAGAAAACCUGGCUCGCCUCCAGAAGAUGUUCUCUCGCAAAUGGGAAUUCAUUUUCAUGCAGGCGGAGGCGCAAGCUAAGGUUGAUAAAAAGAGAGAUAAACUAGAGAGAAAGGUUCUAGACAGUCAAGAACGGGCGUUCUGGGAUGUACAUAGGCCAGUGCCUGGCUGUGUAAAUACGACAGAAAUUGAUAUCAAGAAAGCUUGCCGUAUGAACAAACCAAUCAAAAGUGCAAAGCACAUGCAGUGCGCAGUACCUGGUGGACGAAUUAGUCCUAGCGUCUCCGAAGGCGAUCUCAGUGCUCCUCCUGAGCCAUUAAAACAGGAGAUUGAAACUCUGAAAAGUCGGCUAGACAGACGGAAUGUCAAAAUCUCCAAAGUGGCAGAAUCAUUUAUCAACUACUUUGAGCAGUAUCAGGAGUACGACCCAUUCUUGUGUACACCCGAACCCUCCAAUCCCUGGAUAUCUGACAGCACAGACUUCUGGGAAAUGGAGAAACAGACGAAGGACAUUCCAGCGCGUCGAGUGCGUCGGUGGGCGUUCUCGCUAAAGGAGCUCUUCCGCGACCCAGCGGGGCGAGAGCAAUUCUUCCACUUCUUAGAAAAGGAGUUCAGCGCUGAGAAUCUCAAAUUCUGGGACGCAGUUCAGGAGCUGAAGCAAGUGCAUUCUAAAGACGUUCCGAUCAAAGUACAAGAAAUAUGGAACGAGUACUUAGCGCAGGAUGCUAACUGCCCCAUCAACAUCGACUCGAGGAGUUAUGAAAUCACCAAACGCAACAUGGAGUGCCCCGACCGGUGGACUUUCGAAGAGGCAGCCGCACAUCUAUAUCUUCUAAUGAAGAAUGAUAGCUAUCCGCGGUAUCUACGUUCUAAUAUGUAUAAGGAGUACCUAAAUGGAACAAAAAAGAAGCAAAGUCGAUUGUUCAUCCCGAAACUGCCCAGCCUUAGCAUAGGAUCCUAAAGGGUGACGUCGAUGAUGAUGAUGAUGAUGAUGAUGAUGAUGCGGCCGCCGUGGUUGGCACGGUGCGCUCACGUGCUGCAGACGGACAACAACCCGCCGGGGUUCCCUCCUCCGAAACCUGACCUCCUCCCCUCUUACACCUUCUAGAAACAAAGAAGAAAAGUGACCACUGUACUUCGUAGUCCCCCCAACAGCAUCAACGACGAAGCAUAGUGGACUCUACCCCGGUGACAUCUUUUUCUUCCCCUUGCUCCAGUGACCUGUUCUAUGAAAAAGAAAAAUUGUCAUUGUACAUAAAAAAUAGGAGAGUGUACUACUACUACUACUACUACUACUGCUACUACUACUACUACUACUUUCUCCCUGUUAUAGCUACCGUGCUUUGCCAAAUUGCACGAAUCUCGGACGAGUAUCGCCGAUCACUAUGUGUACCUUUAGAGGGGAAGCAGAACGUAGUAGAAGGAGGAAAGCUAGCUGGUGUAAAAGUGAAGAGGGUGACGUCUGCUUGUGUCCGAGGAGAAAUGGGAAGACGGAAAGAAAUGGACAAUAUGGACAUCUGUACUUAAACGAGGCCUGCUCGAUCUCCCCUUCGCAGACCACCUUCUCUUUGCAGAAACGAAACUACCACAUGGUAUCUCACCUCACUUACACACACGCACAACAUUGCACACUGCUUACAUGGAAUUGCACCAUAUAUAUAUAUAUUUCUUUUUUUCUGGGCAUUGUCGCGAUGCCAAAGUAAAACAAAAAUAAUGUAAUCUCCACCCAAUGCAUUUAAUCGUCAUAUUUAAACCAGCCAAUGCAGCCGUCUCCUCUGCGUUCAUGCCAUGACCUCCGGGUAUAGCGUCGUAUGACGCUGAAACUGCACCGUAUGUUAGAGGCCACCUAAAACAAAAUCCAACAGAUGAUGUUAUUAUUUGGCUUGAGUAGGCUGGCCAAAUGCAUGGUGUGUAAAUUACAUAAUUCUUUCGUUUUAUUUUUGUAUCGCAAGAAUGGUGGGCAAACAUUGUAGUCAAACCGCAGUGCAGACAAUGUCAGUAUGCAAAGUUCGAGUCAGGCAAGUCAUCGCCCAGCAUUUCAUCAGUACGAUCACGUGUGUGGCAUGAGAGAGCAGAGUGCACAAGGCCUGCUCAAUGCUUAUCAUUAGUCGUCCCACAAAUCUAAGUCGCCCUUUGAGGCACAAGGCCAACGGAAGUGAGCCGUCUUCACCUGUAUCUGUGCAGCCUCUUGUAAUCUCUGUAGCAGACGACACCCAGACUUUAUACAAUGGCACCAAGCUAAACCAACGCCAGCUAGAUAGAGAAAGCCUGCUUACUCGACGACGUGACGUAACAACUAAGAGUCAGCCAAUCAGAAUCGUGUUUUCAACGGCGGUAGCCAAUCAUGAACGUGCUUUGGUCGUAGCCAUGGAGACGAACCACCGUCGUCUGCGAGUAGUGAUUGAACGUCCUCGCGUACUAACUCGGAAAUCUUUAAAUAUCGCUCAAAAGGGUCCCAUAUCUUUCUCAAGAUUGAUUUUCUGGAAAGCGUGUUGCACUUUUUGUCUGCGGAUUCAGGUCUACAGGUUCCGAGUUAUCUGCAGUCAUUAGCGAGUUCAUGAAUUCGCAGAACAGCGAGUAGCAGAGGAACAGUAGCAGACGAAUUCCGACUUUAUAUGUCCACGUAGAGAAGGGUGGAGAGGAGGCAAUAAGCAGGCCUUCUGUAUCUAUGUGGCGUUGGCUAAACAGGGCCUGCACCCUCUCCCUUCUACGUUACGUGAUAACAUAUAUAGUGUCCAGGUGUCGUCUGUUGUUGCCGAAUCACUCUCCAAUGAAAAUUCAGUACCUCGCACAGACGAUUUCAGAAAAAAAGACGAUUGACGGAACACUAGGGAUGCGUCGCGUUGAGCAGCGAGCAGGUGGCCCAUAUUGGUACGGACCGUUUUAUUAUUCCUUUGUCUUUCCCGCUUCUCCUCGGAAUCGAGACAGUACUACCCUCUUCAUGAAGCCGACGACAUUUACCUAUAGUGAGAAACCUGAGGGCGUAUUUUCGUCGUUAACGGAGUCUUGGCACUAUAGUGUUAUACGGCUGCUGACCUUGCUUUUGGCGGAGAGGUGGGCUUGUGUCAUAAGAAUUUUUUUCGUUGUGGUCCCGCCCGCUGUGCACGUCACCAGCGAAGACUGCCACGUAGACAAGAUAACACGGAGCAGGAAUCAAGAAAAGACAUCUCUACCGUGCUACAGUUUCACAUGUCUAUCAGAUAUAAGCCUUCUUCCACCAGCACGUUCCGUAUAGGUGGGAGCAGUCACGUGACACAGACACAACUCCCCAGUGGGAAGAAACAGACAUCACGACCUGACACGACGACGAAAAUGUGGCCUCGGGGACCUAUCUUAAAAAAAAAAAAAAAAUACGAGCGAGUGAAUAAGAUGUGCGUGUUCCCUCGAGACAUUUUUUGUAGGGUGUACCUUUGUUGAUGGAAAGGAUGAAGACAUGGUACCUUUUUUUUUAACAACAAUUUUUCAGUUAGAGGUGGUUUACAAACUGUCUCUCUUCGGCUUACGUUCCUUCAGUUGACUCUGCGAAGAGCACUUGGAAUUGCGAGACUAUUGGGAAACUACAACUAGGACUAUAGGACUAUAAGUAACCACAUGUUACUGGAGCAAUUAUGUCGAGGAAGUUUACAGUACAGUGACUUGUUUUACAGAGUCAUUGAGCUUGAUUUUGAGGCUUUUCAUCCUAGAUAGUUUAGUUAGUCAAAGUACCGUUUCCACUACUUUCCAUUGCCUUCGUGAGUACCGAUACUUAGUCGAUGUGAUAGCGGCGUGUUUACAGAGCCUCGCUGAAAGACAUAGUACCUUCUAGCUUUGUAACGAGAAACUUCUAUAGCGGUGACUUUGAACGUGUGUAAAAGUCGGAAGAAUUUAAGUCAGUGCUUAGCGUGACAGCGAGCAAUUUCUUUUUGUGAAGUUGUAACUUGAAAAGAGUUGGUCUGUGAGCUAUACGCAGCUCUGUUGAACAGUUUCAUUUCUUAGAUGUGUCCAAUCCGUUGUGGCUAAGGAUGCAAUUUGAAUGUGAAAAUAUUUUGAUACAUUUGUUGUAUGUUCACUGGUGCUUAAGCAGGGCACUCUGUCAAGACCAUGAUUUGAGUCACGUGACAUUUUUGUUGUUGCAGAGAUGUCUGCUAUGUUUGUUGCAUUUGUCGAGGUGUGCGCUUGUUAACAGGUCUGAGGCGGUGAUGGCAGGAUGGUGAGGAAAGAAGAGAGAGAGAAUUUUACUAUUGGCAUCAAAGCUGCAAGCAUUGUGGGAUUCUGAGAUUAGUUCAGGUAUAGUGUGCAGGAACUCUACUACUAAUGAUCUGAGACUAAACACCUAGAACAAAUCUAUGAUCAUGUAUCUAGUGUGAGAACUGACACGUAGUAGAAGAACAGUGUAUUCGAUUUAGUGUCUAGGAACCGGUACCUAUCGCGAGGACACAGUGCUUGAACUUACACUUGAGCAGAUACGUAGUAUACCAGGACACUGUCUGACAAUUGGUACAAAGAAAACGGGUGCAUAGGUGCACUGGAAAACUGAUACCAGGUCACUGUACUGAACUCACAGAGCCGCUUAUGGGACCCAGUACAAGAACUGGACAGCUAGUACCAGGAUUGUAGCAUAGCUAUAAUGCUUGAGAACAGACACCUGGUACCAAAACGCUGUCCUGGAACUGGUGCUUGAGAUGCAACACCUGGUACAAGAGCAGUGUACCGGACCUAGUACCAGGACUGACACCUCUGUACCAGGGUGCUGUACCAUAACUAUAGUGCCUAGUGCUCACCUAGUUCGAGAAACUGGGUAUACUGAAAAGUGGCACACAAAUCCUGCACGUACACUAAACCAAAAGUAAGGCACGAUACUGAUAACCACCAGUAUAUGUUCAUAUCUGGCAUAUCUUUAGUAAAAACGAGCAAUAUUUUGCAGCGUAACAUUUCGUUUGGAUCAUCGUAGACAAGGGGCUGGCAACAUUGCACUUGUAGUUGCUUCGCGGCGCUAACACGGAAUUAAAAAAAAACAAAAAAAACAAAAAAACAUUGCACUUGUAAACCCUGUUCCCUCCUGCCCCCUGUUCUGUCAUCACCGGUUCAAAAAUGCAGAGGGUAAUAUAUUGUGCAGUGCAGCAUUGUUUUGUUUGCUGUACUGUUGCUGUUGUUGCAUGUUCACGGUUCAUGUUCAUUCCAUUUCAUUCUUUUUUUUUUCUCGUGCAACAUAACAUUGGCUGUAUGCAGUGCCGCUGUCUAUGGGGGGCAAUUGCCCCCCUUGCCUCCCAAGCCCACUUGAAUGGGCACCAAAGGGACAAAAAUAGACGGCGGCACUGACUGUGUGACCAUGUUGGACCACUUUCAAAGCUCAUUUGAACUUUUUUUUUACUUAGAAAUAUUUAUAUUUGUCCCAGCUAAUCAGAUUUUCGCAUCUGCUUUUCCACAAAAGAUGUUUUUCAAUGUAUUUCGGGAAGCAUGUAAUUCAGACAACCCAUGGUUAGUACAGAGGUGAAAAUUUGUAUAGUCGCAUAAUGCUUAUCUGAAUUAUUGUAUCUCAAGGCAACAUUAACAGCAGUCAUGCCUGUGAUUGUUGUGACAUGAUGGAUCUUUUGCGGAAUAGAUUAAGAUAAGCAUGAGCAGCAUCGAAACAUCAAUAAGUGUGAGGCACCCAAUAUUUAGCUCUGCAUCUCUGCAUAAAAACAGGGAAAAAAAUUACGAAGACAAUCGGCAGAAAAUGCCAAAAAGGGCCUGUUUAUGCUAGUUUUUGCAGAACGGAAAUAAUUUUUCGUAAGCAACAUGCUUUUUUUUAAUACCAAGAUCAAGUGUAACAAAAGUGUACUACUAAAGAGUGUACAAUGACCUUAUUUGUAGUACUAAAUGUACAGGUAAGACAUAAAAGUCUCCUUAUGCUUGUGGGGCCGUAGCAUUCCAUGAUUACAGCGUCGCAUUCCAUGAUUGAUUGAUUUCAUUGAUUGAUUGAUUUUCUUUGAAUGGGACUCUUGUAAAUAUUUUGUACAGUGUAGAGCUGCUUGUUUGUACAUCACAGAAAGUUCGAUACAUUGCAGUGUGACGCUUUUCUUUUUGGUUUCUGCUACAUUAACGAAAUCCAAUGCCAAAGUUGUUUAGAUGCAUGUUGAGGGAAGGCUACGCAGCAUUAAUUUUUGUUCAAAGGUGACGUCACUUCUCAAUAAAUUAAAAUGAAUAGCAUCAAGUAGGUUCGCAGUUUCUUCUGAAUUGCAUAGGCGAAGAAGAACGAAUGCAUCCAUACUGCUGUAGACAGUGACAGGCAAUCAUGCGUCAAAAUUUGUUUUAGGUAUAGCUGCAUAAUAAAAACUAUUUUGAAAUUAAAUUGAGUCCCUGUCAGUAUAAGAAAUAUUAUAGCUAAUGAGACACAUUAAUUAUUUCGUAGCACGUUUCGCUAAUGUGUUAUUUCGGAACAAGGUACUGCAGCGAGUUAAAAAGUGACAGGUGUGGUAGAGAGUUUUCUAAAUGCACAUAAAAAUCAUCUAUUCUAAAAGUAGCACACUAUUUUGUUGCUACUGGACCGUGUUGAAGGAUAGAGUCUGGAAACAAAAAUGGCAACGCAAUACUCUCAUGUGAAACACUUUCUGGUACCCUAUGGCUGACUUGCAAGUUCAGAUAGACGACAGUGUAAUUUCGAAGGUCACUGCUUUUAGAAAUUACGAGCCACACAGAAGUAUGUUUCUUGGAAUGUCUUUUGUUGUUAUUGGUUAUGAAAGUGUCACACUAGCUUAAAGGAGCAAUGAAAUGACAGCAUUGCUUGAAACCCUGCUUCACCCAUCAAGCAAUCUGUCAGGGGCCACCGUGCAAAACACAUUUGCUAAAUGGCAUCUCAUUGCUGCACAAUUUAGUUUACAAAAACACCCUCAAAAACCAUCCGUGAUGGUUAGAGGCCCAGCUCGAUCUCAUGAUGUGGUGUAAUCAGAUCAGUGUGAUAGAUAAGGUCAGCGUAACGAGCAGCUGCGAGGUCCCAUUUCCCAACAUCGUCUACUGGCUCUCUGAAGUUGCUGAAGGGUUUCUACAGGCUGUGCAGAUCACGCGCAUUAGAGGUCAGCUACGAUCAUCAUUCUUGAACAAGAGCGCACGUUAUUUGUUGCACAAUCCGCUGCAGCCAAAACAUGUAUGGAGGGGACACUCACUGCUCCUUUAAUACUACGUACGUUACAUAAAUACAUAUAUAUGUACAUAAAAUCAUAUAUGCACACUUCCAGAUAGAGUUUCCAGGCCUUAGAAGGGAAUAUGUGCGUGUAUAUUCUCGAAGAGAAAAUGUUUGUAAACUGCCUUUAACAGAGAUGUGUUCUCUAUUUCACAUGAAACCGGACUAGAGCGUGUAAAUUAAGUGUUAAUUAAAAGAGACGUUGUUACGGCAA